AAUCGCAUGGGUAUAUCUCCGGCCUGCAUUUACCGUAGAUAAAUUUCGUUUGCUUUGCUUGCUCGCUGUUGAUUCGGCUUACAUUGCGGCGCUGAUGGAACUCGUUGGGGAAGAGCAGUUUUUCUGCUGUCAUCUAUCAGUAAAGUUGUGUUGUCAUUGUCGUCGCGUUGUAGUUGCCGUCGCCGUUGUCAUUGCCUUUGCCCAUACGAUUGGGCUGGUUUUCUAUUUGUGUUGUUUUUUUAAUUUCGUUUUCGGUAUUGAAAUACAACUCGCAUUAGAAUUUCAUUUGAAUUUUUUUUGUGGAUGUGUGAAACGCGUUUAAAUGUGAAAUGUACAUGCAUACGUAUGCAUGUGAGAAAAAUUAAAUUGUGUUAAAAAUAUAAUACUUAGCUGCAAGCAAGCAACAGUGUUCGAAGUUUGAGAAUUGUGUGUGUGUGUAUGUACGAGAAAAAUUCGCAGCUGCCAAAGCGACCAGCAAGUUGUUGCAGUGUAAGAGAGGGGAGCGAAAAGGUUAAAAGUUAUAAAGUGCAUUGACGUUCAGGGGCCACAAUUUGGCAUACAUUUGCAUGAAAAAAUACUUAGUAUAUGUGUAUUUAUGUAUGAAUACUGUCAUAGGCAUGUAGGUACAUGCUUAUUCGCUGAAAGCCUAUGACAACUGCGAACCAAAAUACACAUCCAUACAUCCUUACAUAUUUACAUUCACAUGCGAAAACAUCUGAAAGCGGCGCCGUGGCAAAGAAAAAAGUGGCUCGUGUAACAGACGAAAAUGUGCUUUUGGCAGCUGCUGGCCCAAGCGUGUGGCAAGUAAGCUAAGUCUUGCCAUAAUUAUUUUACUAAAUAAAAGAGAAUUGAAACUUUGCCAAUUCUGUUUGAACUAUUAAAUGCAAAUACUUCAAUAAAGAAUAAAAAUUUCUGCGGAAAAUCGAAUUUCGUUGCGUGGGAAAAAAUGUGAACGAAUGACAACGAAAACCAACUCCCAACUUCCUUUGACGUCUUUGCAAAAACAACAGCAGUAAAAACAACAAUAAAACUCUGCUAACACGGCGUGUUAAACGUUGAUGUUGUUGCCAUUGCAUUUCAAUGAGGCCAACAGAGACGCCAUUCAGUCUGCACGUUUUCGUUAUCAGCCGGGAUUAAGGCUUAAGGAUUAAAGGUGCUUCAACUGUGUGACAAGGGGGAACAAACGUACACGAAAGCAGCAAAAGACAGCAAAAGUAGUAUCAGCAGAAGACAAGUAUUUGUAAAAUAGUUUAUGCAGCAGCAUCCCAUGCAGCGUAAGCAAAGACUUUCAUACACGCAUAAUCACAUAUGCAAGCAUACAUAUGUAUAUCGUUAUUCUGCCUAAGCAAUCAACUGUCAAGUAGCAGCAAGCAGCAGUCUGCCGUAUUUGGGAUUUAGUAGUCUUCAGUCAAACUUUGUACAUCUGCACACACAUUCAAAUAUUUAAUCUCCUGCUCCCGCUGCACCGCAACAUACUUUUAAGUGGAUAAUUUACUUUUCUUCGCAAGCAUAAAUAUAUGUAUAUAUGCAAACGGAAGUUAGUUCGUGCUUGUGCUUGUGCUGUAGCUGAAGCCCCGGCGUCAUUGUAAUGCUUGCAAAUCUCAACGUUUCCGGUUUCAGUGCGUUGCAGUAUUUAUGAGUGGAGAGGAGCAAAAACAAAAAAAAAGGUGUAAACUUUUUAAGCAGAAUUUUUAAGUGAAAGUUGUAUGCUUAUAAUGUGAGAUCUCUGAAAAGUUCUAGUGCGAAAUUUGGCUGUGUUUGCUGUAAACCCGCCAUAGCCGAAUGAGUAGAUGCUUGGCUAACAAUUGAAAAUUCGUGAAUUGUUUUGUCAUGUUUCGUUUGAGUUUGCAUUUAACAUUUAACCACCAACGCUUGCAAUUCAACUGAGCUAAACACUUUCCAUUGAACCUCCGGUGCCGCGCGCUCACAAAUGUCUGACGAAGUGCCUUCAGGGCGCUUAUCGCAAAUUUUCGAUUCGCUCACCAAUCUACAGCAACAGCAAAUACUGCAAGCGCGCCGCCGCUCCGCCUCUUCUUCGUCGCCUUCGCCCGCUAGCUCUGGGCGCGUCACGCCAUCCACUGCCCAGGCUGGCCCACAACCAUUUGCUUUUCAUCACCAACACUUCAGCAAUCAUGCGCAUACGUACUAUAUGCGCGCACAGGAUGGAAAUGCCUAUUUGCAUACCUUUCCGGCGGCGGCGGCGACGCAAGCGCAUCAUCAUCAUCACUUGCAUCACAUGCAAUCAGCGACGCAUUACUAUGCCCAGCAGCAUCAGCAACACGCACAACACCAACAGCAGCAGCACCAGCCGCAGCAACAGAUGUACUGUGGCGCGCAACAACAACAACAACAAAUGUCGUUGCCACCUAUGUAUGCCUCACAAUCGUUGAAUUCCUCGCCUUUGCUCACCAAACGUGCUACAUCAUUUAGCGGCAAUAUACCGCUAACGCGUCCGCAUUGUGAAAAUUUCGCCGCGAUGCGCAUCUCAGCAGCAACAGCAGCGGUUGCUGGCGGUAGCGGUGUUUCACAGUCGACGCCAAAUAGUCCGCGUUUAAUGCCGCGGCGCGCGCAGCGUCCACCGCCUAUACCGGCAAAACCAAGCGCGGCAACGUUGCAAAGCGUCAGCGCCGGCUCCGGUACCUGUAGUAGUGGUGCUUCAGCGGUUGAUAGUAGUAGUGCAAGUGCUAACGCGGGUGCUAUGGCUAAGAAACCUACUGCCAGCGAUAGUCGCGCUUCGGAAAAGUCAGACUCAAGCGUCACUGCGACGAUUAAUCCCGGUCUGGCCGCUUUGGAUACCGAUGCGCCUUGGCCGCAUUUCUCGACGCUCACCGAACACUUGGAUGUGCAUCAGGUGAACAACUAUGCGCAACCAGUGCCAGAGAUUAACUGGCAAGAACGCUGUCUGGAACUUCAGCUCGAACUGCAUCGCUCUAAGAAUCAGGCGGGCCGCAUACGUGAUAUGCUGCGUGAAAAGAGCCACUGCUCGUGUACGCUGUCACGCAUAAUGAAUAUUUAGUCCGCCUUUGGGAAUAACUAAAAUGAACGUACGAACAGACAUGACUGCAGACGAUGGAACAAUGAAAAUAUUACAACAACAAAAAAAUACAAAAAUUAAAAACAGAAAUCCUAUUCGCAAUGUUUGUCGCAAACAACUGGCGACAUGUAGCCGCAAAAAUUAAUAGAGCGAAAUAAGAAAGAAUGUUGAGGAUUUGACAGAGGCUCGCAUUGGUGAAUGUAAGCGUCGCCCAAGAAUGUCCUUGAUUUUUGUGCAAGUGGUGCAAGUGGUGCAAGUGUAUGUGUAUCAUGGCAACCGUUUCGCUUGCCGGCGUUUCAUUUAUCAUGCCGACGGUCAUUAAUUCGCUAUGCAUAUGUAUUUGUAUGUGUAUGUAUUUGUAUGAAUGUAGUUAUGUAUGUAUGUAUUUGCGUUUAUAUCCGUUUAUAUGUAUGCCUCUGCGAUGGCAUGUUUCGUGAGUGGGAGCUGUGCCCACCGCUGUCAAAUAUUCUUUAAUCUUCAUCAAAGGCUCAUACGCACAUUCGGCCUCACAUGCACACACGCACACAUGUUCGAAGGCUCUCCAACGCAUAUUAGCACGCUCACGUGCAGGCGCGCGGCAAAAAAAAAAGCAUCAACAUAGAACUUGUCAUAACCAGCUGGCGUGGAAAUGC